AUGUCCACUUUGAAGAAGUGCGAAGACGAAUUUGAAGUUUUGACGUCCGAUCUGCGUCAAAUAGAUCUCUACAGAGAUACUCCCAUAAGGUAUUUAGGUUACGCGAAUGAAAUCGGAGAAGCAUUCCGAUCAAUGCUUCCAGUAGCUGCAGUCCGAUCAACGUAUGUAGUGGCUUUAGGAUAUGCUUGUGCUGACGCUCUAGACAAAAGCAAUAAGGCGUACAAGUUAUAUAGGAACAAUCCCGAGAAACGGCGCACUAAAGUUGCGAUUGCCGCCGGAGACACGUUUCUGUGGCAGGCUCUAGCUUCCGUUGCUAUUCCUGGCUUUACAAUCAAUCGAAUCUGUCAUUUUUCUGCUGCUAUUCUGAGC